ACUGAUGGCUGGGUGGAAGAGGGUAGAAAUGGCUCUGGGAUCAGGGUUCCCAACAGAUUGACCUCAGUCUUGCAGUAGCGGGCCUGACAGUUCUCCCAUUUCUUCUCCCUUCACUGUUUCUGCUGUGAAACUUGCAUCAUUGAUCAUCUUCCCAGUUUUCCUCACACCACAUGGUCUUCUCUUUGGCCUGCAAGUCGUUUAGUUAAUUCUUGCCUUUAAAGUUUACGUUGUUAAUUAUUUUUGAAAUAUAAUGUACAGGGAUUCCCCUCAGUUCCUCUGUCCUGCAUUCCUCUCUCCCCGAAAGACAGUAACCCGCCUGGAACAAAGCCUUUCUGAGGCCGUGGAGGCCCUGAAUCGUGAGCAGGAAAGUGCCAGACUGCAGCAACGGGAAAGAGAGACCCUGGAAGAGGAAAGGCAAGCGCUAACCCUGAGCUUGGAGCUAGAACAGCAGCGGUGCCGGGCCCUGCAGGACGAACGGGAUGAGGCUCGGGCUGGGCAACUCAGUGAGCGUCGACAGUUGGAGACCCUUCAGGUGGCCCUAGAAGAAGAGCGGCAGACCCGGGCCCAGCAAGAGCAUCAGCUUAAGGGACGCUACCAGGCACUACAGGAGGAGAGCCAGGCUCAGCUGGAAAGGGAGAAGGNGAACACCCAGAGGGAGUCGCAGGCAGCCCGAGAGGCGCAGCAGCAGCUGGCCUUGGUGCAGUCUGAGGUGCGGCGGUUGGAAGGAGACCUGGAUACAGCUCGCAGAGAGAGAGAUGCCCUGCAGCUGGAGAUGAGCCUGGUGCAGGUCAGGAGGCAGAGGGCUCCUGAGGAGCGUUCCUGGAAGCAGCUGCAGGAGCUGAAUGGACAGCACCAGCAGGAAUUGUCCACCCAGUUGGCUCAGUUCAAGGUGGAAAUGGCAGAACGAGAGGAAAGGCAGCAGCAGGUGGCUCAGGACUAUGAGCUCAGCCCUGGGCCUCAGGAACUGGAGAAGGGGGAGAGGAGGAUGUGGACUGUGCCCCCUGUGGCUGUGGCCCUAAAGCCAGUGUUGCAGCAGAGCCGGGAAGCAAGGGAAGAGCUGCCUGGAGUGCCGCCUGUUCUCUGCAGCCCCUCCCCAGAUCUUAGCCUCUUGCUGGGCCCCACUUUCCAGAGCCAGCAUUCCUUCCAGCCCCUGGAGCCAAAGCCUGAUCUCACUUCAUCCUCAGCGGAGGCCUUCUCUGCAGUCGGAACCUUCCAUCCCGAUCACAGGGCUGAACGGCCAUUCCCUGAGGAAGAUCCUGGGUCCGACAGGGAUGGCUUCCUAAAGCAAGGGCUGCCGCCCGCUUCCCAGCUUCAGGGCCUCAAGCAUUUUUUGCAACAGCUGCUGGAGACAGCACCCCCAAGCAACGAGAACCCCUCUGCCGACCUGCUGCCCACCAAGUCCGGUCCUCUGACUGUCCCAACUCGGGAGGAAGCCCCUCAGGUGCCAUGCCUCCCACCUCCUGUCUAUAAAACUAAAGUGCCCUUAGCCAUGGCGUCCAGUCUUUUCCGGGUCCAUGAGCUUCCCUCAGCCCAUUCACAGAGCGGUGGUCCCCGCGGUGGCUCCCCAGAGAGAGGUGGAGAUGGGCUCGCAUCCUCAAGGCAGCUGAUGGAGGUGUCUCAGCUGCUGCGACUCUACCAAGCUCGGGGCUGGGGGGCGCUGCCUGCGGAGGAUCUGCUGCUCUACCUGAAGAGGCUGGAACACAGCGGGUACCAGCCUGGAGGACGGGAGGAAAGAUUAGGUGGAUGGAAUCUGGAUUGUGGCCAGGCAGAUGGGUCAGGCAGGGAAGAGCGGAGUGUGCAUGUUUGCCCCCUUGGCGCGGACAUGAGUGAUAAUGACACAGGAGGGAGGGGGCAGGGCACAGCCAUUAAAAGAAUGAUGCAGCUGUUGAGGAUACGGCAGAAAGUGGACAGACCCUCCUGCGCCCAAGAUGGCGGAAGACUCGACCCCCGUCCACCUUGA